CUAAGAUUUUCCUCGUGAUAUUUUUCUCUCUCACACACAAUUGUCAUAAUAGCUUGACUCAACUCAUCCUGCUCUAUCAGUUCACCUCGAUCUUUUUGUUGGAAGGUUAGGCUACCAACUAAGAGAUAACAUCACAUCAACAUGGAAUUUGUGCAGCAACAAGGUAAUUAGAGGCGAUCACUCAAUCGUUGCCCGCCAAAAUCGGCGCAUCAAUUAUGAAUUCGCGUUGUCAACUUCUUUGGCCGCCAUGAACCGCCAAUUCGGUUUCCUAUCGCUUUUGAAUCUCCAACCACAGAUCUCUUCAAAUUCUUACCAUUAUUCUCAUCUGCUACCUCCGAAGUCUCUUAGAAACCCCAAACAUCCAAAUUUUUAUCUUUCUUCAUCAACUCCGCUCAAACAAAUCAGUAGAUUCGCAAACAACAAUCCAAAAAUCCUACAAGAGCCCGGCCACUUCUGCAAUGAUAUCGGCCACAGCUACCUUGGCUCUUGCAACAGCAGUGAUGCCCAAAGUCUCCACCUGCUACUUAUCAAGAAAAUUCCCAAAGAUUUAUUCUUAUCGAACAGUCUGGUCAAUCUAUAUGCCAAGACUGGCUCUUUGGAGUGUGCACAACAGGUUUUUGACGAAAUGCCUGAAAGGAACAACGUUUCCUGGACUUGCUUGAUCGCUGGGUAUACCCAGCAGGCAUUGCCUGAGAAAGCCUGCCGACUGUUCAAAUUGAUGUUCUCAACUGGGUUAGAGCCAACACAAUUUACUUUUGGUAGCAUUUUUCGAGCAUGUCAGGACUUGGGCCCUCAUAUGUCAAGUCUUGGCACACAGAUACAUGCAAUGGUUAUGAAAAGCAAGUAUUCCCUUGACACUGUGGUGUGUAAUUCAUUGAUAUCGAUGUACGGAAGCUUCUUUCUUGAACCAGCAAGAUAUGCUGAUGAAGUGUUUAAUGGCACACCAGUCAAAAAUACUAUUUCAUGGAAUUCAAUCAUCUCUGUGCAUUCUCAGAGAGGAGAUGCUGCUUCUGCUUUUUACUACUUCUCAAGGAUGCAGGGAGAAGUGAGUUAUUCUGGCUUAAAGCCGAAUGAGUAUACACUUGGAAGUUUGAUAGCAGUGAGUUAUGCUUGCUCUCCAUUCGGUAUAAUGUGUUCUAGCUCAUGUUUAAUUGAACAGAUACUCGCAAGAGUUACCAAGUCUGGAUUUUUGAGUGACCUUUAUGUUGGCAGCGCUAUGGUUAGUGCAUUUUCAAGAUAUGGCCUGUUUGAUAUUGCUAGCAAAGUCUUCUUGGAGCUGAGUGAUAGGAAUUCAGUUACUGUUAAUGGUUUGAUGAUUGGAUUGAUCAAGCAAAAUCGCGGAGAAGAGGCAAUGGAAGUUUUCAUAGAGGCAGGUGAUCUGGUUAUGAAAAACUGUGAUUCUCAUGUGGUUCUUUUAAGUGCAUUGACCGAAUUUGAGAGCUUGGAUGAAGGGAGGAGAAAAGGGCGUGAGAUUCAUGGUCUUGUAAUUAGAAGUGGUCUUAUUGAUUGCAAGAUUGCUAUGCACAAUGGGCUUAUUAACAUGUAUUCUAAAUGCGGUGCUGUAAACAAAGCUCUCAUGGUUUUUAAAUGCAUGAACACUCAAGAUCAGGUGUCUUGGAAUUCUAUUAUCGCUGCUCUUGAUCAGAAUGGACGUUCUGUGGAGGGAUUAAAAUGUUUUUCUGAUAUGAUGGAAAGCGGUGUUGUACCUUCAAUUUAUACCAUAAUUAGUUCACUAAGUUCUUGCACAAGCUUGAGAUUUUUAGGAAUGGGUACACAAGUGCAUUGUGUUGCAUCCAAAGUAGGGCUUGAUACAGAUAUUUCUGUAUCAAAUUCGCUCAUAGCAAUGUAUGGAGAAUGUGCAAGCAUGCCAGAAUGUCGGAAAAUCUUCAUGUCAAUGUCCGAUUAUGAUCAAAUUUCAUGGAAUUCUAUGCUCGGAGUAUUAGCCAGUUCUGAGGCACCCUUGGAGGAAUCACAAGCACUUUUCUCAGAUAUGAUGCAAAGCGGAUGGAAGCCAAAUAGAGUGACAUUUGUUAACCUUUUCGCAGCUUUAACUCCAUUUUCCGCUCUUGAAUUUGGGAAGCAGGUACACAGUCUCUCUGAGAAGAGUGGAAUGUCUGAGGAAACUGCUGUGGAAAACGCACUUUUGUCCCUCUAUGCUACGUCAGGGGACAUGGAAUCUAGUGAAAAUCUCUUUGCCCGAAUGUCUUACAGGAAAGAUGAUGUUUCGUGGAAUUCUAUGGUGUCUGGUUAUGUUCACAAUGGACUCCUAUCGAAGGCCAUGGACCUUGUUUGGCUUAUGAUACGUAAUGACCAGAAAAUGGAUUGUUUUACCUUCACCACUGUUCUAAGUGCAUGUUCCUCUGUGGCAGCAUUGGAAAGAGGUAUGGAGAUUCAUGCUUUUGGAAUUAGGACUCAACUGGAAUCUGAUCUUGUAGUUGAGAGCGCGCUUGUUGACAUGUACUCCAAAUGUGGAAGAAUAGACUAUGCUUCAAAGGUCUUCAACUUCAUGCCUCUGAAAAAUGAGUACACCUGGAAUGCUAUGAUCUCAGGUUAUGCUCGCCAUGGGCAAGGCGCCAAGGCUUUAGAGCUGUUCAGAAUGAUGCAAGAUAGUAACCUUCAGCCUGAUCAUGUCACCUUUGUUGGAGUCCUCUCUGCCUGCAGCCAUGCUGGUUUAGUGAAAGAAGGGCUAGAUUCUUUUGAAUCUAUGAGCAAGGAAUACAAUUUGAUUCCUCGGAUCGAGCAUUAUUCAUGUGUAGUGGAUCUUUUGGGUCGAGCAGGUGAGAUUGACAAGAUGGAAGACUUUUUGAAAGGAAUGAAAAUUGUCCCUAACAGUCUCAUAUGGAGGACAGUGCUGGGGGCUUGUUGCAGAUCGAAAAGAGGAGAGAAGACAAACUUGUUCAAGCAAGCGUCAGAAAUGCUUAUUGAACUAGAACCUCAUAAUCCAGUGAAUUAUGUACUUAUUUCUAAUCUUUAUGCUUCUAAAGGGAGAUGGGAAGGCGUAGCAAGGGCUAGGGUUUCUUUGAGGGGUGCACAAAUGAAGAAAGAAGCUGGUUGUAGCUGGGUCACUCUUAGGGAUGGCGUCCAUGUCUUUCAAUCUGGAGAUAGCUCGCACCCGGAUAUGAAGAAGAUACAUGAAAAGCUAAAUUUUCUAAAACAGAAGAUGAAGGAAAUAGGCUAUGUUCCUCAAACUGAGCUUGCUUGGUACGACCUUGAAGCAGAGAGCAAGGAAGAACUGCUCAGUUACCAUAGCGAGAAGCUUGCACUUGCAUUCAUCCUGACCAGAUCUUUAGGGAUACCCAUAAGGAUCAUGAAAAACCUUAGAGUUUGUGGGGAUUGCCACUUGGCUUUUUGCUACAUUUCUAAGAUUGUUGGACGGCAAAUAAUUCUAAGGGAUUAUAAUAGAUUCCAUCACUUUGAAGAUGGAAGGUGUUCCUGUGGGGAUUUCUGGUGAAUUAUCCUGUCUUGCUUGCGUUUCUCAAUUUGGGCUUUGCAAGUUUGCAACAGAAUAAAAUAUUUGUCCCAAAUCCGAAAUGAUCGAAAAAGAACUAAAGCAUCCAUUCCUAAGCCAAUUCAAAUUAGAGAAUUGAGCAAGAAUCCUUUUAUA